AUGGAACCAAGACGGCGGCCCGAGUACAACCUCGAGAUCUUUGCCGAUGCCGCCUGUGUCAAGGACGUGGUAAAGGCCAUCUUGCACACCAUCUUCUUCCACCGGUACUUCACCUCCAUCUCGCCCCUGACUCGCGACCUCCUCGACCUCACCCUUCCCGCCAUCGACGAUGUUGAUCUCGAGACGCUCAUCGAGCAAAAGACGUUUGCCCUGGUACGCGCCAUAGACAGCACCCAUCAACCGAGAGGAAGGGGGCAAAUUGUAGUCCAGUUCUUUGAGAAGAAGAGGAGAAAGACGUACUUUUUCGGCAAGGCAGACGAGGAUGUUUGCUGGGAGCAGUGGACGCUGGACGUUACUCUUGCACAGCCACGGACCGAGACAGAUGUGCUCAAAGUCCGUCGCGCUAUGACAAAGUCGCUGGAAAAGGCGGCGCACAAGAUCAUCGCCAUCGUCAACAGAGACAAAGACCACAUCCCGCCCAUUACCACCACCGAUGCCAACCCCUUUCCCUACCAAAUCGUCGUGAACCCCAAAUCCGUCAACGAAAAUGACUGGCGACCGCGCAUCGGCCUCUUCUAA